AUGGGGGAUGAUUCAGAAUGGCUGAAGCUACCGACUGAAGAGAAAUGUCAACACAAAGCAUGGAAAGCAAGAGUCACUGGUUACGAAGAACUUAUAAAACUCUUCCAAACACUCACCGAUGAAAAGAGCCCUGAAUUUUCAAAAUAUUUAGGAUUAGUGAAAAAGUUUGUCACAGAUGCAAAUGUUGUUGCUCAGGAAAAAGGCCUAGAAGCCACGCUGGUGUUUGUUGAAAAUUCAUUCCAUGCUGGAAAGACAGCUGGGGAAGUGUGCAGUGGCAUUGUUGCCAAGUGUCUGAACCAGAAACCCAAAAUAAAAGAUUUAGGAAUUGCAAUUAUGAUGGCCUACAUUGAAGCUGAAAAGCAGGAUAUUGUUCAGGAGGAAUUAAUGAAAGGAUUGAGUAACAAACAGCCAAAAGUUGUGGCAGCUUGUGUGGUUGCAUUGAGAGAGGCCCUCAGAGAUUUUGGUACGAAGAUAAUCCAAGUGAAGCCGAUACUGAAACAGCUGCAGGUUCUGCUCGAGGAUAGGGACAAGGUGGUGAGGGAUGAGACCAAGCAACUGGUGGUGGAGAUCUAUAAGUGGAUUGGAGCUGCCCUCAAACCUCAACUCACUAACCUUAAACCUGUCCAGAUCACGGAGCUGGAUGCAGAGUUUGAGAAGGUGCCUCCAUCUAAGCCACAGCAGCUGAGGUUUCUACGGUCUCAGCAGGAUCUCAAAGCUAAGAUGUUGGAGAGGGCAGCUGCUGGAAAUGUUGAUGGAGGAGGGGAUGGUGCUAUUGUAGCCGAAGAAGUUGAUGCAUACGACCUCAUGGACCCGGUCAACGUACUAGCCAAGUUGCCGAAGGAUUUCUACGAGAAAGUGGAGGAGAAAAAAUGGCAAGAUAGAAAAGAGGCCCUAGAUGAUAUACAGAAGUUAGUGGAUGUACCAAAGUUGGAGAAUGGUGAUUAUGGAGACCUAGUCAGAGCUCUUAAGAAGGUUGUAUCCAAAGAUACGAAUGUAAUCCUUGUUGCUAUUGCGGCUAAGUGCAUCACUCUCAUUGCUCUGGGUCUCAGGAAAAAAUUUUCAGCACAUGCUGUUGGGUGCAUUGAAACGGCCAUAGAGAAGUUUAAGGAGAAGAAGGCAAAUGUUGUGCAAGCUCUCAAAGAGACAGUAGAUGCUUGCUUUCGGGCUACGACCCUCGAAGCCAUAAGUGAGGUGUGCAUAGCUGCUCUCGACCAUAAGACGCCGUCCGUGAAAGCUGAAACCAUAUCCUUCCUGGCUCGCUGUUUCUCAAAGUGUACUGUUGCCACGCUGCCGAAGAAGCUUUUGAAACCUUUUGUAACUGGCUUGUUGAAGACAGCCAAUGACACAACACUUGAAGUCAGGGAGGCCUCAUUUGAAGCCCUGGGCACCGCCAUGAAGGUCGUGUCCGAGAAAGCGAUCAUGCCCUUUUUGACUGAUGUUGACCCCAUCAAGUUGACAAAGAUAAAAGAAUAUUAUGAGAAGGCAAACGCUAGUGCAAAGAGUGCAACAGAAGCUACCAAACCAGCAGCUGCUGCGGCUACCACCGCUGCUUCUGCUAAAGGGCCACCUAAAAAAGCAGCCAAGAAGAAGACCACAGCUUCAGCAGCAGGUAACAAAGGAAAGAAAGCAGGAAACGCUGGUGCAGCUCUUAAGGAAGAAGUUGUCGAGAAAGAAUUGCCUGAUGAGGUUGUGGAAGAGAAGAUGGCCGCCCUGUUCCCUGGUGACACACUGCCAAAUCUGGCUUCUAACAACUGGAAGGAUAGAUUGGCCUCUCUUGAGAGGAUGAUCGAGGUUAUGAAGACCCUGGCGAAGGAUGACUUGCCAGUGCAAGCAUUUGUAAGGACUGUCGUAAAGAAGCCUGGACUUAAGGAUAGCAACUUUCAGGUCCUGAAACUGAAGAUCGACUUGAUUUCGACAGCGGCCCAGAGAGGAAACUUCUCGAAGAGAUCAGCCGAGUACUGCCUGAGUGACAUGAUCGACAAGAUUGGUGACAUCAAGAACGGGCCAGGAGUACAGGAGUGUCUGACCAGCAUUACCGAAGCUACAUCUCUUGAUUUCGUAGCUCCACAGGUUCUGACGACGGCAUUCGAGCAGAAAAACCCGAAAAACCAGUCGGAGGCACUGAAUUGGUUGUGUAAUGCCAUCAAGCAAUUUGGUCUCAAGUUGAAGGUCAAGUCACUAAUUGAAACCAUCAAUAAAGCGCUUGCUUCUGCCAAUCCGGCAGUAAGAACGUCAGGUAUCUCGCUAAUUGGCGUCAUCUACAUGUACAUGGGACCUCCACUGAGAAUGUUCUUUGAGAAGGAGAAACCUACCCUACUGCAGCAAAUUGAUGCCGAAUUCGAAAGGGUAAAAGACGAGAAACCUCCGGCACCAACACGCGGUUUGAAGCCAGCCAAUGAUGUCUCUAAUGAUGGGGAAGAUGGUGAGGGCGAUGAUGCCGCGGGUGACGAUGGUAAUGAGGUCAACAUCAAUGACCUCAUUCCUAGAGUUGACAUAAGUGAUAAAAUGACUGAUGCCUUGUUAUCCGAGCUGGAGGACAAAAACUGGAAAGUUCGGAAGGAGGCCUUGGAGAAGAUUCAGGCUAUAGUGGCUGAUGCAAAAUUCAUCACCCCUAGCGUAGGCGCGCUACCGGAAAGUCUCAAACCGAGAUUGGUCGACUCAAAUAAGAUUUUAGGCUCCAUGACGAUAGCAUUGUGCCAGCAGCUGGCCAUCAGCAUGGGACCACCAAUCAAACAGCAUGCCAAGUCAGUCAUACCCGGACUACUUGCUAACUUUGGAGAUAGCAAGGCGAACGUCAGACAAGCGGCUGUAAAAGCAGUGAACACGUACCUGGAGCAAGUUGGAGCUUCUGGACUGGCUUCCAUAGUUGAGGGAGAGAUUCUAUUGGAUAGUUUGAAAAAUGAAAACCCCACCCUUAGAACUGAGCUGUUUGGUUGGCUGGCUGAGAAACUGCCGACCAAUAAAAAACUACCGGCGGCGGAUUUGAAGGAAUGCAUCCCGAUCCUGUUUGCAUGCAUUGAGGAUAGGAAUGCUGACGUCAGGAAGAAGGCUAAUGAGGCUUUGAUGCCCUUCAUGAUGCACUGUGGAUACGACGGCAUGCUUCAAAAGCUCUCAACUGUUAAGCCUGCGUCCAAGGACACAUUAAUGAAGGCACUUGAACAAGCUAGAUCAACCCUACCAGCUAGACCAGCAACUGGACAGCAAGCAGUAGCUGUUAAAUCCGCAUCCACAACUAAAGCAGCUAGCAAAUCAGCAGCUGAAGUAGUAGCCGAUGAAGUUGACGCUGGGCAAGUCGCAGCAACUUCAACUUCUGCUACUGCCGGAAAGAGUAAGAUAGGUGGAAAAUCUGCAGUGCCAGGAACUACCCAAAAAAAGGUUUUAACGUCUUCCAAGAAGAAGAAUGAGCAAGAGGAGGACAACUCGCCACCAAUGAAAGUUUCAAAUGCUAAGGAUCAGAGAACCAAGGAUGAAAAGAAUUUGAAGGUACUAAAAUGGAACUUUGACUCGCCAAGAAGAGAGUUCAUCGACCAGUUGAAGAUGCAGAUGGAACCUCAUUUCAACAGGACCCUCCUCGAUCAGCUCUACCACGCCGACUUCAAGUUUCACAUCAAGGCAAUGGACACAUUAAUUAAGGUCACAGAAACUGGAAUGGAGUCGACCAUGUGUAACCUUGACCUUAUUUUAAAAUGGAUGACCUUGAGAUUUUUCGACACGAAUACGACAGUUCUUCUGAAAGCCUUGGAGUACCUGUUAAUUGUGUUUGAGAGACUUGUAGCUGAGAAGUACCACAUGAGUGAGAAUGAAGCCGUCAGUUUCCUGCCCUAUCUCAUCAAUAAGGUCGGUGAUCCAAAGGACAACAUCAGACGAGACAUUCGACUGAUACUCCAACUCGUCUGCAAUGUCUACCCGUCGGCCAGGGUGUCCGCCUUUCUCAUGGAGGGCCUCAAGUCCAAGAACGCCAAACAAAGAACUGAGUGCCUUGAAGAGAUUGGCCUACUAAUCCAGAAGUUUGGCAUCAACAUGUGCCAACCGAGUCCGUCAGUUGGAUUGAAAGUGAUUGCUCAGCAGAUCGGGGACAGGGAUAACAGCGUACGAUCCGCAGCACUGAACACCAUCGUCAAUGCAUACGACAUUCAGGGCGAGAUUGUCUUCAAGUACAUUGGCCAGCUGAACGAUAAGGACAUGAGUAUGUUGGAGGAGAGGAUCAAACGUUCGACCAGAACUAAAACGUCGACAGCUGUCGUUAAUAAUAGCAGUAACAACAAUAAUAUGGUAGCAAAUCCUUUGCUCGUUUCUAAGAAUCAGAAUGUCGGUGGCGGGUUGGAGGAGGGCAAGCCUUCCAGAUUGGCAAAACCAUCCAGUUCCGGUAUGCUCCGAAAGUUAAUCGAGAAGAAUAAGGAUAAGGUCACCAACAAAAUUGUGUGUACACUGCUCUACGAAAAAAAAUUUUGUUUCCUGUUCACCAUACAGGCUUAUCCUUUACCACAGUCCAAACCUAUAUCUGCUCUUAAAUCCAUUCAUGCAUCAUCUGAAGACAGACAGUUACCCUCCUCAUCUACCAUGGAUUGCAUCAUCAUGCAAGCAGGCUCUGCCGACAUUAAUUUGAGUAUAUCCGCUUUUCAACAGCUCUGCAAGUUCAAAGAAUUGACCUCUGAGAUAAACAGGGAUGUCCUAAAAGACCUGCUGCGAAAUUUUAUGAUUGCCCUUCUGGACGAGAGGGUGAAGGUCAUGAAAGGAGAGGGCUCGGACAUGGAAAAGGCCAUCAAUAUCACCGUUGUCAAGGUCAUAGAGAAUAUCAACUACACUUGCGUCAUGAGCGCCAACAUCAAACUGCUUCACGAAGCCGUCUCCAUGAAAUCUCCUUACCUGGAUCUUGUCAUGAAGUGCCUCUGGAAGAUGUUGAGGAUGAUGCCAUCUUCCGUCAGCGAACUCAACCUGGACAUCAUCAUCUCCGACAUCCAUAACUUCCUCAAGGCGUUUCCCAGCCAUACAUGGAAGGAUAAGUCGAAGGAUAAGGAUAUGCCGUUGAGGACACUGAAGACUAUACUGCACACUAUCAUGAAGCACGUUGGAGAUGAGAUCCUGAACCAUAUGACCUUAGUUGACAGUGGCUACAGUGGCAAUGUAUCUGAAGUCGAACAGUACAUAAGGAAGGUUCUGAAGAAGGGAAGCAUGGAAGCUACUGACUCGGAUAUAAUCAGUAGCAGUAAUGGAAGCAGUCAGGUUUGGUCACACAAAAUAUCUAGGUCGGUUCAAGAUUCCCUAGCUGAGAUAUUUAAAAAGAUAGGCUCCAGAGAAACUACCAAUGAGGGUUUGAACAACUUGUAUGAUUUCAAACUGAAGCACCCGGACGCUGACCUAGAACCAUUCCUUAAAAAGUCCACUGAAUUUUUCCAAAAUUACAUCAAAGAGAGAUCCCAGCAGCAGCAGCAGCAACGUCAGAGAACAGACGGCAGAAUUUCGACGACGACGUUAUCCCAACAACUACAACAACAAUCGUCUUCCAUCAACAGACCGUCGCAUCAACAGCAGCAAGUAUUGUCGUCAACGAUGGCCACGUCGUCAUCAGCAGCAGCGGCAACAGCGACAGCAGCCACGAAUCCGACGAAAUUGGAUUUCACUCCAGAGCAGUACAUGGAAAGAUUGAAAGAUCUCAGGGCCAAAUGUGGCCUCGACAAUACAGACUUCUCUCUACAGAAUAUCAACAACAAAUAUAACAUCAUCAACAACAACAUCAAUGACAACAACAACAGAAACAACAACAACAAUAAUGCUUCAUCUUCUGAUCAAUUUCUGUUAGCAUUUGACUCUGCUAGUCAAAGUAGUAAUAAUAGUAGAGAUUUCGGAGAACAUUUUUCUGACAGAGUAAGUAACCUUUAA